CAAUCAAAGGAUGCUACUAAAAACGAUAUUUUAAGUUUUAUGAUUUUUUUUUCUUUCGUACCGCUACUUUAUAUCGUUUUUAAACUAUUUUUGUAUCUCUUACCGUUUUUUCUACUUGCUAAAAAACUUAUACGAUUUUGUGUGGCCAAUCGGUCCUAUAUUUUAUAUAUACAAGCAUUCAUAGACGUGACGACGCAUUAUUUUACUUAACCCUAUAUAAACAUAUCCAAAAACCGCAAGAAAGCUCACAAGAAAUCUCCUCCCAUGGCAGAUUCAAGUUCUUCUCUCCCUCCUCUUUGCGAGAAGAUCUCAUACAAAAACUAUUUUCUAAGAGUUGUGGAUCUCACGAUUCUAGGCUUUCUCUUUUCUCUUCUCUUGUACCGAAUUCUACUUAUGAACCAAAACAACUCCGUUUGGGUUGUGGCUUUCCUCUGUGAAUCCUUUUUCUCUUUCAUAUGGCUUCUUAUUACCAGCAUAAAAUGGAGUCCUGCUUCAUAUAAAUCAUAUCCUGAAAGACUUGAUGAAAGGGUUCAUGACCUUCCAUCGGUAGAUAUGUUUGUGACUACUGCGGAUCCUGUUCGGGAGCCGCCGAUUCUUGUAGCAAACACGUUGCUUUCGCUGUUAGCAGUGAAUUAUCCAGCGAAUAAACUUGCUUGUUAUGUAUCGGAUGAUGGAUGCUCACCUCUCACUUACUUCUCUCUCAAGGAAGCUUCUAAGUUCGCCAAGAUUUGGGUUCCCUUCUGCAAAAAAUAUAACAUUAAAGUUAGAGCUCCUUUUAGAUAUUUUUUGAACCCUCCAGCCGCAACAGAAAGUUCUGAAUUCAGUAAAGACUGGGAAAUAACCAAGAGGGAGUACGAGAAAUUAAGCAGGAGGGUGGAAGAUGCCACUGGAGAUUCCCAUUGGUUGGAUGCAGAAGAUGACUUUGAAGAUUUCUCGAAUACAAAACCAAAUGAUCAUUCAACUAUAGUAAAGGUGGUAUGGGAGAACAAGGGAGGUGUCGGAGUCGAGAACGAGGUUCCUCAUUUUGUAUACAUUUCAAGAGAGAAAAGACCAAAUUAUCUUCAUCAUUACAAAGCUGGAGCCAUGAACUUUCUGGUAAGAGUGUCAGGGUUGAUGACAAAUGCACCAUACAUGUUGAACGUAGACUGUGACAUGUAUGCUAAUGAAGCAGAUGUGGUGCGCCAAGCAAUGUGUAUAUUUCUACAAAAAUCAAUGAAUUCAAACCAUUGUGCUUUUGUUCAAUUCCCUCAAGAGUUCUAUGAUUCUAACGCCGACGAACUCACCGUCUUACAAUCAUAUUUGGGACGAGGAAUUGCGGGAAUCCAAGGACCUACAUAUGCAGGUUCAGGAUGCUUCCACACUAGAAGAGUUAUGUACGGUCUAUCAAUAGAUGAUUUAGAAGAUGAUGGAAGUCUUUCUUCACUUGCAACAAGGAAGUAUUUGGCUGAAGAGAAUUUAGCUAGAGAAUUUGGGAACUCUAACGAGAUGGUGACAUCGGUGGUCGAGGCAUUACAAAGAAAACCAAAUCCGCAAAAUACCCUUGCAAACUCCCUCGAAGCGGCUCAAGAAGUGGGACAUUGUCAUUUUGAGUACCAAACUAGCUGGGGCAAAACUAUUGGUUGGUUAUACGAAUCAACAGCGGAAGAUGCAAACACGAGUAUCGGAAUCCAUUCGAGAGGGUGGACUAGCUCAUAUAUAUCUCCGAAACCACCAGCGUUUCUUGGGGCUAUGCCACCGGGAGGUCCGGAAGCGAUGCUCCAGCAGCGGCGAUGGGCCACAGGACUGCUCGAAGUCCUUUUCAACAAACAAAGUCCGUUGAUCGGAAUGUUUUGUAGGAAAAUAAGAUUUCGACAAAGCUUGGCUUAUUUAUACAUUUUCACUUGGGGUCUAAGGUCAAUCCCUGAGCUUAUUUAUUGUCUCUUGCCUGCUUAUUGCCUACUCCACAACGCUGCCUUAUUUCCCAAGGGAGUUUAUUUAGGUAUAGUCGUCACACUUGUGGGAAUGCAUUGUCUUUACUCUCUAUGGGAAUUUAUGAGCCUUGGUUUCUCAGUACAAUCGUGGUUUGCCUCCCAAUCAUUUUGGAGGAUAAAAACCACUUGCAGUUGGUUAUUUAGCAUCCCUGAUAUCAUACUCAAGCUACUUGGAAUCUCGAAAACUGUUUUCAUAGUCACUAAAAAGACUAUGCCCAAGACAAUGUCAGGAUCUGGAUCCGAAAAAUCUCAACGAGAAGUUGAUUGUCCAAACCAAGAUUCCGGUAAAUUUGAAUUUGAUGGCUCGCUUUAUUUCUUGCCUGGCACAUUUAUCCUUUUAGUGAAUCUAGCCGCUCUAGCCGGUUGUUCGGUGGGUCUACAACGUCACAGAGGAGGUGGUUCGGGUUUAGCAGAAGCUUGUGGAUGUAUUUUGGUGGUUAUAUUGUUUCUUCCAUUUCUAAAGGGUAUGUUUGAGAAGGGAAAAUAUGGUAUCCCAUGGUCUACUCUUUCUAAAGCUGCCUUUUUAGCAGUUUUAUUUGUUGUUUUCUCUGUGGGAAACUAGUAUACUGAUAUGGCUUUAAUUUGUAGCUAAAAACUGCUAAUAUGAAAAUAAUUAUUCUCUAAUAUACCUCUGGCUAAAUUUUAGU